GAAUACUGUGCUGCCAUCGCUCCAAAAUUGACCGGUGUUUAUUAUUAUCCAAGGCACUGGGUCCUCACACACACAAAUUUUAUAAACAAAUUACCCUGCAAACUGUCAUCCCUCUGCAUUACAACAAAAUGGUGCUGUGCGGAAUUGAAUGUGUCCAACGGAUCUCUCAAUAUUUAAAUAUUCCUUCCGGUAAACUGCAAGUAACACAGAGUAACACAAUUGCUGCUGACAAUGUAGUAAAGAAUAUUACAAUCGAGGGAUUCAGCUCCAUUAUUCAAGCAUAUGCAAAUCUCUCAAAGGAACAAGAGCUUCACCUUGGAAAGGAUAGAAUUACACAAACAUUAGUGCGACAGUGGUUAGAGUAUGCAGUCAUUUGUGUAAAUUAUGCUGACGUUCCAGCGAAUGCUAGAAGAGUGCUCAAGGAAUUGAAUAUUGCCCUGAGGGACAAUACAUACAUCACUGGAACACAUAAAACGAUAGCAGACGUGGCAUUAUAUUAUGCUCUACAUUCUAUUAUGAAUGGACUCACGUAUCAAGAGCAGGCUGAGUAUGUACACGUCUCAAGGUGGUUUGAUAAUAUCCAACAGGAAGCCAAAUUAAGACAUAAAUUAAAAAUCAUUGAUUUUGAUCUAAUGCAUUUAUAUAUCUGAAUGAAAUACUUAAUUUAUCGACACCCUUUUAUAUAACUUUUGCGUGGAAAUGCUGACAUGACGAUUUUUAGUGUCCGAUUGACAUUGUCUUGAUAAUAUGUUUUUAAUAAAGCCUUCAAGUCGA